GAAUGGUUCAAUCACUACAAAAAACAAUUCUAAACAUUCGGCUCAAGGGUUAGUCAAUAAUGAGGUUAGAAUUCAACUUCCAUCGGUUAGCCAGAGCUUGCUUCGAAAAACGAAAGAGCAUACCCAAAAGAUUUAUGAUUUAUUUAUGAGAUUGGGGUCAAUAAGAUCAAAUACUGGGCACGAAUCAGGGAGUGUACGAAGCAGCAGCAAGAAGACAAGGUUGGAUAGUUUAUUGAACAGACUAAG